CAAUUCGCUACUUGCCUCUCCUCUCAAUCCACAAUCUGCGACUAACAGACCCUCCCCCCGAUGGAUGCGGCAGAAACCAAUGCACUGAAAUUGUGAAGUUAUACAACUGCUCUUUCUUCACUGACUUCAUCUGGAAAUCAUUUUCCACCGCUGGAAAUUUGUUAUAAUAUCGUGAGGUAGUUUACUUGGAGAUUUUUCGUCGCGUAAAUAGACUAUCGCCGCAAAUACAGUGGAUUAACAACAAAUGCUUUUCACCCAGCUGGAGUUUAUGCAUUGCUCUCCUCUGACUGGCCUUCUACAACCAUCUGUUUCUCCAUCCACGAGGUGAAGUAUGGAGGUCUGGUGAGCCAUCGGACAUGUUUUGGUUUGGGAUGACACUGGCCAGACACACCAGAGCCGAGGUAGAAAUAGAACGAGUAGAGAUGAGGACCAUGCAGUCACUGCAGACCUGUACCGUCCUGCUGGUUCUGAGCGUUCUGAUUGGCCUGUCCUGGUCUCUGAACCCCAGGGACCCCAACGUGUGUAGCGUAUGGGAGAGCUUCCCAACCUCAGUGAAGGAGUCGUAUGCCCACCCUUAUGACCAGGUGACAGAGGAACCUUGCUCUGAGCCACGCACCUCCUACAGAUGCACCCGUCACAGGAUCACCUAUAAGACAGCAUACAGACAGGCGGUGAAGAUGGACUACCGCCGGAGGUACCAGUGUUGCCCUGGUUACUACGAGAGCAGAGACAAAUGUGUCCCUCGCUGUACUAAGGAGUGUGUCCAUGGGAGAUGUGUUGCUCCAGACCGCUGCCAGUGUGAGGGAGGCUGGCGUGGCGACGACUGCUCCAGUGCCUGCGAUGACAAACACUGGGGUCCAGGUUGUGGUCAGCUGUGUAAGUGUGAGAACGGAGGCCUGUGCAAUCCUGUGACCGGUACCUGCCAGUGUCCUCCAGGCUACAUUGGGACCCGCUGCGAGGACCCCUGCCCACCAGUCACCUUUGGCAAGGGCUGUCUUCAGAAGUGCCAGUGUGGAACUGGGGGUUCCUGCAAUAAAGUGACAGGAGAGUGCCUGUGUCGAGAAAAUUUCACUGGUACAUUCUGUGAGAAGUCUUGCCCAAAGAUUCGAUGCCUGCCGCGAUGCCCGUGCCAGAAUGGGGGCAUUUGCCAGGGGAAAGGAAUCUGUGCGUGCCCCCCUGGGUGGACGGGUGAGGUGUGUACAGAGCGCUGUGCAGAGGGCAGGUUUGGUCCUAACUGUGCCCAAGAGUGUGUAUGUCACAACCGGGGCCACUGCAACCCUGAGACAGGCCAGUGCGAUUGUGCUGAAGGCUUCACUGGAAACAGGUGCAGCGAGGAGUGUCAGGUGGGUAGUUAUGGGCGGGACUGUAAGGGUGUGUGCGACUGUGCCAACGGGGCUCGCUGCUUUAACAUCGACGGAGGCUGUCUGUGUGAGCCUGGCUUCAGUGGACCCCAGUGCAGAGAGAGGAUGUGUAGGCACGGCACCUACGGCCUUCACUGUGAACACACCUGCCUCUGCCACGACACACACACACUCAGCUGUCACCCACUGAAAGGCGAGUGCACGUGCCAGCCUGGCUGGGCGGGGCUUUACUGCAACGAGACCUGCGCCCGUGGUUACUACGGCCAUGGUUGCCUGGAGCCCUGCCUGUGUGUCAACGGAGGGGUGUGUGACAGUGUGAGCGGGCGCUGCCACUGUGCCCCUGGGUACACGGGUGCUCACUGUGAGAGUCCCUGUAAGAGUGGUACCUAUGGGAAGGACUGUUCUCUGGAGUGCUCCUGUUCCAACUCAGUGGACUGCUCUCCCAUUGAUGGGACCUGCUUCUGCAAAGAGGGCUGGCGAGGGCGGUACUGCUCCAUACCCUGUUCUAAGGACACCUGGGGCCUGGGUUGCAACGCCACAUGCCAGUGUGCCAAUGUGGCUUUGUGUAACCCAGCAGACGGAUCCUGCACUUGCUCUCCAGGCUGGCAGGGGCCCCUGUGCGACCAACCAUGCCCCAUGGGCACGUUCGGGCCAGGCUGCCUGAAGAGGUGUGACUGCCUCAAUGCAGACAGCUGCCAGGGUGCCAGCGGGCAGUGCCAGUGUCUGCCAGGGUGGACUGGUGCUCGCUGUGCCCAGACAUGCCCAGAGGGUACAUGGGGACGUCACUGUAACCAGAGCUGCUUCUGUCAGAACAGCGCCACCUGUCUGCCACACAGCGGUGCCUGCGUUUGUCGCCAAGGUUACUGGGGACCCACCUGUCAGCAUAUGUGCAGUGCAGGUGUGUAUGGUGACCAGUGCAGUAUAACAUGCCCGUCCUGUGCCCACUCCUCCUCCUGCCACCAUGUCACAGGCCAGUGUGUGUGUACCCCCGGGUACACUGGAGCCCUUUGUGAACAAGCCUGUCCAGUGGGUCUCUAUGGUAAGCAGUGUACUAGAGUGUGUAGAUGUGCCCACAACUCAACGUGCAACCAUCAAGAUGGGUCCUGCCUCUGCCCCCCAGGAUGGACAGGCCCUGACUGUACUUUACAAUGCCGUCCUGGGAUGUUUGGCCUUAACUGUGCCCAAGUCUGCUCCUGCCCACCCAACUUCUACUGUGACCCACAGACAGGGGAGUGUGUGUGUGAAUCAGGACCAGGGAUCGACUGCAAAAAAGAACGCUUUGUGAGUAUGAUGGUGCCCGUGUCCCCGGGGGAGAGGGACUCAUGGGGGGCCAUCGUGGGUAUCGUGGUGCUGGUCAUCCUGGUGGUGCUGCUGCUGGCCCUGCUACUGCUCUACCGCCGCCGGCAGAAAGACAAGCAAGCCAACACACCGACAGUCUCCUUCUCCACCUCACGCACCGUCAACUCCGAAUACGCAAUACCAGAUGUUCCUCACAGCUACCACCACUACUACAACCCCAGCUACCACACACUGACUGGGGGCAGACCCCCUCUACCACACGUCCCCAACAACCAGGACCGUGCCAUCAAGAACACCAAUAACCAGCUCUUCUGUAACGUGAAGAACAUGGAGAGGGAGAGAGGGCGAGGCCUGUUUGGGGUGGAGAGCAAUGCCACUUUGCCUGCAGACUGGAAACACCAUGAGGCUGGCAAAGAACCAGGAGCUUUUGGCAUUGACCGCAGUUAUAGCUACAGUGCCAGCCUUUAUUACAACAAAGAGCUGAAGGACACUGUAGUGGCAGCUAGCAGCAGUUCUCUGAACAGUGAGAACCCCUACGCCACCAUUAAAGACCUGCCCGGCCUGCCCUUCGGCCCUCCUGAGAGCAGCUACAUGGAGAUGAGGACGACCGUGCCCCAUGAGAGGUCCUACACGGAGAUCAGCCCUCCACCAUUCAGCACAGCAACAUUACGCAGAGAGCGCAGUUCCCUUGGCCAGGUCCCAGAGCAGGAGCCCCAGAAUCACUAUGAUCUACCUGUGAACAGCCACAUCCCAGGACACUAUGACCUGCCACCUGUCCGCCGCCCACCCUCUCCCACAUGCAGGAGACUGCCCCAAUGACACCAGCCCUACUCUGAACAUCACAAUCAGAAGAAAAACUUUACUGCCAUUCAAAAACAUUGGUAGAAAAUUGUCUUGGGGUUAUUCAAGGCUACAAAACAGUCAGUUGCACCAGUGACAGUCAGGGCAACCUGACAAAGUGGGUUUACAUAGUAACACUGUCCCCUGGUGGAUUAAAGUGGCAUUUUCUCCACCGUUAAACACUUGUGAUCCAGACUCGAGGGCCAAGGCAUGCAGGGAUAGGCUUUGAGGAUGCCAAUAUCACAGUCUGAGGGCAUACAUGCAUACAUUUGAAUUUGACCAAACUUGGGAUUCCUUCAAACGUUAUUUUCAUACUGCAGAUGAAGGGACUUGGCUUGGUGCACAUGCUUUGGCAUACAAAGCUUUUGACCAGAAUUGCAUAAACCGGGACAGCAAUUGAAAGACAUUUUUAUAUCUCCAUGAUGUCAGUAGUUCAGUACAAUGUCCUCUCAAACCCCUUUUCCCCUCCCCUAUAUUCCAUAGAAUGUCAGCUUCCAAUUCGGGGAAAUCCAGAGCAUGUUUGUACAGCUAGCUCCUCAAUGUUUUUCAAUGUAAUCAUGCAAUAUGUUGUAUAUAAUGUACAUAAAAUGGCAGAACAUUGUAUACACUUGUUUAGAAGUAUUUUGUACUCAAGUAGCUACUUGAAAUCUAAUAUCACACAUCAAUCCACAGAUACAAUUUUAUUAAGAAGUCAACCACAAGACAGCAUGUGUUGGGAAAAUAAUUUUACUGGUCUUGAACAGAAAAGGAAAAAAAUAGUAAAUCACUACUACAUUCUACAUGGAUUGCAUGGUUUUUCCAUAUUAGGCAUAAUCAUUUCUUACAAAUUCAAUUGAGCUUUAUGUACCAGGACCAUUUCCGUACAAAUAUGCAAGUAUAGCCAACAUACUCUGUAAAUCUAUAAUUGCCAUUGUCUUUAAAGACAAUACCGCAUAUCUUUGGAAUUGACACUUCAUAAUGCAAAAAGAAUACAAUUUUCAAUGAUCACUAGCCGGUAUCAAUAAGGCACUUGAGACAUGAUGAGAAAAGAAAUACUGAAAGUGACAAAAGUAAUAAUCAUUUUUUACUUGGACAGUUUGAGCUUCUCUAAGGUUUUUCGGUUAACAGUGAGAAUAAGCACCUUUUCUCCUAUUUGGUAGUGAUAGAAAUGUGUAUGAAGUACAAAAAAACAAUGUUACAAAAACUAUCAAGUAUUCUCAGAAAAUCUUUACUGCUUAUACAUCCUAUAAAAAAGGCUGCCAGACUAGUACAUGUCUCUAAUGUGAAGUGGUUAAAGCUUUGUAGAUGAUUAUAGCUCAUUUUUGACAUAGUUGUAAAGAAAUAAGAAGCACCCCCACCCCCCCAAAAAAUACCCAAAAGCAAAGCCACUAAGCUCAGAAAAACACAGCCAUUAUAAUCCUUUCGUGGGAGAGAGGACAAUAGUCUCAAGACUACAAUACAAGAAUACAGAGGAUUGGCAUCAUAUCAUGAAGAAUUGAUGUUAAGUCUCAUUUAGGUUUCCUUCUCAAGUAAAUACUCUUUCUGACCUUGUCAAAGCGAGUUCUUAUGCACCAUUUAAAUGUAAACACAGUAAUUGAUUACACUGAAAAUAUGGCAUACUGUGUAGUUCAUUAAUAAAGUAAACUUUUGGCCAGAUAAU